AUGUCGCACGCGGCGACGCAUCGCGCGGCGGCGGGCGGGGUCGCGAACCCCGCCGCGCGCGCUCCUGCCAUCAGAAAAGGCGUCGCGGCGCGCGGGGGCGUCGCGGCCGCGUCGCGCGCGCGCGGCGUCGCGGACGCGUCGUCGAACGACGCCGGCGCGGUCGCGGUGUCGGGAUUCGCGUCGACGCGAACGAUCGCGACGUGCGCGCUGUCCAUCGCGCUGCGAGGCGAGAGCGCCUCCGCCGCCUCCUCCUCCUCCCGACGCGCGGCGGCGCGCGGCGACGCGCUCGUCGUCGCGUCCUCCGCGGCCGCGGCGGCGCCCGGCGGCGCGGACGAGUCCGACGACGAGUCGUCCGUCGACGCCACGGGACAGGCGAAGAACGUGUUCGAGGCGGUGUGGAAAUUCGUCCGCCCGCACACGAUCCGAGGGACGAUCCUCGGCACGACCGCGAUCGUGACGCGCGUGCUGCUGCACCACCCCGAGCUCUUCACGCUCGCGCUCGUCCCGAAGGCGCUCCUCGGCCUCCUCGCGCUGCUGUGCGGGAACGGAUACAUCAUUUACGACGUGGACAUCGACAAGGUGAACAAGCCCUUCUUGCCCGUCGCCGCGGGGGAGCUCAGCGUCCCGCUCGCGUGGGCCGCGUGCGGGAUCUUCGCCGCGGCGGGCGCGGCGAUCGUGACGUCGCAGUUCGGGCCGCUCAUAUCGAAGCUCUACCUCUUCGGGCUGUUCCUGGGGACCAUCUACUCCGUGCCGCCGCUGCGGCUGAAGCGCUCCGCGCUCGCGGCGUUUUGCAUCAUCGCGACGGUGAGAGGGUUCCUGCUCAACUUUGGCGUGCACCACGCGACGACCGCGGCGAUCGGUCUCGCGUUCUCGUGGUCGCCGCCAAUCCUGUUCAUAACCUCGUUCGUCACCGUCUUCGCGGUGGUGAUUUCGAUCACGAAAGACCUCGCGGACAUCGAGGGGGACAAAAAGUUCAACAUCGACACGUUCGCGACAAAGCUCGGCGUGAAAGGGGUGUCGUACCUCGGCAGCGGGUUACUCCUCGCGAACUACGUCUUCGCGUGCGGCGCGGCGGCGGUGAACGCGUCGUGGUUCAACCAGCCUCUGAUGAUCGGCGCGCACGCGUGUUUCGCCGCGUUCUUGAUCCUCAAGACGAAGGCGCUCGAGUCGGAGGGAUUCACGAAGGGCGCGGUGCAGCGGUACUACCAGAACAUCUGGUACCUGUUCUACAGCGAGUACUUCCUGUUGCCGUUCAUCUGA